AUGGACCAUCCAUCCCUUUCCUCCGAAGUUGAUACAACAAUACACUCUACAGCCUCGACUCUCCUUCAUCCCUCUCUUACUUCUGUCGCCGAAGAUGCGUCGACGCUAGCUGCCCACCAGGACCCGCAACUAGUUCCAACCCAUCGACAAGGCCAAGUUAGCAUUGACGAGGACUCGCUCCAUGGUCUACAAUGUGCCGUCGAAGAGCUCGACUACUCUCGACAAUCUCAUCAGUCUCAAAAUCAACACCUUCAUCAACAGACGCAUCUUCAAUCUCUCGUAAAAAGACCUGACCAGCAUGUCGACAUCCGCACGAUUCUCGAUCCGCCGGAUCUCGACGCAUGGCGAGAACGGCUUUUCAAUGUCGACGAGAUGAUAGUCCUAAGUGAGGAGCAAUUCCUAACAUAUUUCCCACACAUUGACAACGUCUACUCCCACCGCUCAACUCAACACUACAAACGCAAACCACUAAUUUCCCAUUACUGGGACUGUCGCCUGAAAGGUCGACCUCCCGGAACACCGAAAUCCAACGAUCCCAACAAAAAGAAACGUAAACGAACUGCCCGUCAGCGGGAUCUCUGUGAUGUGAAGAUCAAGAUCACAGAAUACUUCCCGGGCCACGAUGUUAUGGGAUCAGAUCUUGGAGUCCUUGAUGGGCUUGGGGUUCCUAGCCCAGUACUCCAGGAGUCUGCUGUCAGGGAGCAACAACAAGCUCAAAACCAGCAGUUUGGUCUACUAACGCCAAGCUUGAAUCCACCUCUACCAGAGGGUCAUCCAGGGGUCAACGGGCAGCGGUUCUUUACUAUCCAGCGAGUAAAUGGGAAUGGGGCGAACGGGAAGAACGAUGGUGUGAGUGGGGGCCAUCGUCAUACGCUGGAGGACAGUGAUCGCGUGAAGAAGAAUAGCGUGCAGCGGUUCUUAUUGCAGGAGUUGAAAGAGAAGAAGAGGUCGCUGAAUCGUGUUACGUCAUUCGGCGGAGAAGUGCCUAUCGCCGACUAUCUUCCCCGCUCGUCAACUGCACCUUCACUUCCCGUCCACCAUGCUCCGAAGAUCCAUUCUGUCGUUGAAACCAUUGCCAUUUGGCAAUUUAUCCAGGCGUGUGUCCUCUGCUGUUAG